AGUUCAGAAAAAGUUGGCACUGAACCACUUCUACACCACAUCUACAACUACUAUAAAAUGAACAAACUCAAACACAUUCAAAUAAAUCAAAAAAAUGGAUGAAAAACAAAGGAAGAAACAUAUUAGAGAACCACCUUCAGUUCCUUUCAUAUGGGAAACAAAACCAGGCAUUCCUAUAAAAGAUUGGAAACCAAUGGUUUCAUCAGUUUCUCAGUUGCCAAAAACUCCACUCAAACAGAUUGCAUCAGUUCCUUUUGUUUGGGAGGAAAAACCAGGAACACCACUACCUAGCUUCUCCCAUGUUGAUAAACACGAAGGCAUAACUAGCUUGGAGUUUGAAGCAUUUAGUUUUGAUGCAGAUGAAUGUUUGAAAUUCUCUACGGAUAUUAUUCCGAUGCAGCAAAGUUCGUUUUCGAAGAAUACUUGUGACUUGCUUUGUACUCCAUCUUGCCCUGUCUCUCCAGCUUCAUCGGAGACGGAUGGUAGUUUAAGUAGUUAUGCAACUGGUGUGUCGAGUUUAACUGGUUCGGCUUUUUUGGAAUGUCUUUUUCCUUUGUUUCCUCCAAAGUCUGGUUUUCUUGAGAAGAAUGUUGGUUAUGCUGAAAAGGGAAGUUCAAGUUUGGUGGAACUAAAAGGUAAAGGUUUUGAGGAUGAAGAUUUUAUGUGCGAUGUGUCGAGCAAGCAACCGACACUUGGAGAACUUAUUAUGAUGAGUAGGAGAAGAAGCUGUAGAAGAAAAGCAACUCAAAUGAACAAAUGGGAUCCACCAAAGAAAAUCACAAGAAAACAAGCUUUUGGAUGCUUCUCCAUUGUAACCAGCAGCAGUAUGUUUGAAGGCCUGUUGAAGAGAAAGUACUACCCUAGGCUGAAACUAGUCUAGACAGCAAACUCACAAGAUCAAGAACCCAGACAGCUAUAGAUUUAAACAUUAAAGGAUUUCAUUUUUUAUUGAGAUACCAGAAAGUUGAUUGUACUAGAAAUUGUUGUGUUGUUACUAUGUAUUUAUCACAUUUCCUUUAAGAUGGCUCACAGUUAUACUCUUCUGGUGGAGAGAUGUACAUUCCUUUCAAAAUUGUUACUGUUUCUUCCAUAUUCUGACAUUUCACAAAAUCACAUGAGUGUAAAUGGAACAGUUUCCAAAGAAAAGAAUUAUGAUAG